GCCCCGCUGAUCCAGUCAGCUGUCAGCUGUGAGUUAGUAUGGCGGAGGAGGAAGGCGAUGUGGCUGAGGAGGAUGUGUUCCUGGCGUUUGCCAGGCGUCCUUGUCCUCCCAGAGGUCCCCUGCGUCGGGCCUUGGACAAGGCCUUCUUUAUCUUCCUGGUCCUCUUCCUGAUGCUACUGACGCUGGAGGCUGUUUAUAAGCUGCUGUGGCUGCUACCGUGGGCAAAGUUUGGGGACUGGCUCCUGAGAACACCUCAGAAGGAGGAGGAGCUGGAAUUGUGACCACCUUUCCUAUAAACAUUGUCUUCCCCUGUGACAGAGGAUGGAAUUUCUGGCCGAUUGCAGAUAUUCACAUCUUGGGGAACCUGGGUGGCUCAGUCGGUGAAGCGCCCGAGCUGAAGCUCCGGUCGUGAUCUCCGGUUCUUGGGUUCGAGCCCCAAGGCAGGCUCUGCUGUCAGCGUGGAUCCUCUGUCCUCUUCUCUCUCUGCCCCUCUCCCAUUCAUGCAUGUGCUGUCUUUCAAAAUAAACAUUUUUUUUAAAAAGGAAAAUAGGGGCGUCUGGGUGGCUCAGUUGUCACACUUUGGCUCAGGUCACGAUCUCAUGGUUGGUGAGUUCCAGGCCCAUGUCGGGCUCUGUGCUGACAGAGAUUCUGUGUCUCCCUCUUUCCCUGCCCCUUACAGGCUCAUGCCCUGUGUCUCUCCCCUUCAAAAAUAAAUAAACAUUUAAAAAAAAACUUUAAAGAAAGAAAAAAGGAAAAUAUUCACAUUUUAAAAUAAACAAAC